CGUGCGGCGGGCGGGCAUCGCGAGCCGACGGUCCCUUCGCGGAGCUAUCCGAGGCCCAGGCGUGCGGGUCUGCGCUGCGCGUUGGGCGGGCACGGCAGAGAUUUUCAGGUUAAACACUUUGAGAUGAGGAAGGUCGAUCUCUGUUCGAGCACUGAAGGGACUGAAGUGAUUCUGGCUACCUCAAGUGAUGAGAAGCACCCACCUGAGAAUAUCAUCGAUGGGAAUCCAGAAACCUUUUGGACCACCACGGGUAUGUUUCCCCAGGAGUUCAUUAUUUGUUUUCACAAACACGUAAAGAUUGAAAAACUCAUGAUCCAAAGUUACUUAGUGCGAACCUUGAGGAUUGAAAAGACCACAUCUAAAGAGCCAUUCGAUUUUGAGCAGUGGGUUGAAAAAGAUUUGGUACACACGGAGGGGCAGCUUCAAAACGAAGAAAUUAUGAUGAGGAAGCUGAGGCCUCGAGGAGCGCACACACAGCAGAGAAGCAACAGAAUCGGGACUCAAACCCAGACCCCUGAAAAUUCUCUUCCUCAUCCGUGGGAAAGAGCCUCUGGCUGAAUGGCAGCCGCAGAUGACUUACAG